AUAUGUUUCUGUAGGAAAUUUUUUAGCCGGUUCGAGAUGUUACGCGAAGUUUUAAAGAUCGGCAGCAGGCGCUGUUAUAGCUACAAGUCCGUCCGUCGUCCCAGUUUGGGUGCCACCAGUCCUCCAAAGGUGGAGGCAACAAAGGAACAGUCAGGAUCAUCUCCUACAAUAGAAAACGGACAUGGCAGCCUUUCCAAACAGUUGCGGGCCAGGAUUCUGGCAACUGGACCCAUUCCUGUGGCGGAAUAUAUGCGCGAGGUGCUGACUAAUCCUCAAGCGGGUUACUAUAUGAACCGGGAUGUGUUCGGGCGAGAGGGUGAUUUUAUAACAUCGCCGGAAAUAUCGCAGAUCUUUGGAGAGCUCGUCGGGAUCUGGUUGGUGAGCGAGUGGCGCAAGAUGGGUAGUCCCUCACCCUUUCAACUGGUGGAAUUGGGACCCGGGCGUGGCACCCUGGCCAGGGAUGUGCUAAAAGUUAUCACCAAAUUCAAGCUGGGCGCCGAGUUUUCCAUGCACAUGGUGGAGGUUAGUCCGUUUCUGAGCAAGGCACAAGCACAGCGAUUCUGCUACUCCCACGAAACGGUACCAGAGGAUUCGCAGUUGCCUCAUUACCAAGUGGGUACCACGGCCACUGGUACGAAAGCCUUUUGGCAUCGCCGACUGGAGGAUGUGCCUCAGGGAUUCUCCCUAGUGCUGGCCCAUGAAUUCUUCGACGCAUUGCCCGUGCACAAGCUGCAACUGGCCGGUAAUAAGUGGCAGGAGGUGCUUAUCGAUGUGGCUUCUGAGGGGGAGAAGGACUUCCGAUAUGUGCUAUCACGCAGUCAAACUCCAGUAUCGAGUGUUUUCCGUCCAAUGCCUGAUGAGACGCGCUCCUGUUUGGAAUACUCCCUGGAGACAGAACGACAGGUGGGACUCCUGGCAGAGCGCAUUCAACGGGAUGGAGGCAUUGCUUUAAUUAUGGAUUAUGGACAUUUUGGUGAGAAAACCGACACUUUCCGGGCCUUCAAGCAACACCAGCUACACAAUCCCUUGCUAGAGCCGGGCAGCGCUGAUCUCACGGCCGAUGUGGACUUUAAGUUGGUGCGGCAUACCGCUGAGACGCGCGGAAAUAUCCACUGCUGCGGGCCCGUGGAGCAGGGACUAUUCCUGCAACGGAUGCAGGGAGAAGCUCGGCUGGAGCAGCUGGUGUCACACGCGCUGCCCGAGAACCAGGAGAUCAUUCGCUCUGGCUACAAGAUGCUAACGGAUCCGGAGCAAAUGGGCAGCCGCUUCAAGUUCCUGGCAAUGUUUCCCGGCGUGCUGGCAAACCAUCUGAAUAAAUAUCCCGUCGUCGGAUUUAGUUAGUUUUAAAAGUAAGGUCUGAUUUUAUGGUUUUGAAUAUGUUGCACAUGAUUGUUAAACAAAA